UGCAAAAUUAGCUACUGCAAAGCUAAAUAUGUCUAAAAUUCACAUUUAUCCUACAACUUUAAUAUAAACAAUCUACAUGAUAUUAAGAAUCUGCCAUUUAUUUCAUUUUACUUAUUUUCACCAGAAAAAUAUCCAGAGUUUCCUCUUGUGAUUAGGAAGGUCAGUCACCACAGUAUUGAGCUGAGCUGGAUGAAUGAAGAGAAUAAAUCUCGAAAUGGCCCCUCUGUACGCUGGACCCGCUUCUCUGUGGAGAAAAUGGACCCCAAAACACAUACACCACUGUAUACAUGUCAGUUUUCUCUGACACUGAAGAUUAUUUCUGUAAAUAUUAAAGUUAUUGCAACAUAUUCAAAACCUGCAGUUUAGCAAGACACCUUGUAAUAACAACAUUUUGGUGUUUUAACACAGAGGGUACAGCACUCAUGUUGUAGAGGGCUUGGAGUCCAGCACCUCCUACAGUUUUAGACUGAGAGUCAGCAGAGCCUCACGGGAGGGCAGCCUCAGCCCUGUGCUCUCUGUCUUCACCACCCGUGAGAUAUUUUUAUAUCAAAGCUGGUGUACAGAGAGAUGAAUUCACAGCAAGAAUCUCCCAUUAGGCUGUUUGUAGUUAUUGCUAUGCGGUUUAAUGACAGAAAAGUGUAGUUUGUUGAAAUAUAGUCAUAUAUUGUUUGGUUCGUAGCUUAGUGGAAAUUUUGGUGAAGCAUGGAACUGAUAUUAACAAUGAAGACAGCACUGGAAAAGACAGGUGAGCCUGCAUAUGUCUUUUCAGUCCAGUUAAAUUAUAUAAUUCAUGUCUUCUAACAUGUAUAUUUUUAUUUAUGCAUUUUUUUUUUUUUCAGUUUAAUGCAGACCUGUUUUUCUGGUCACCUUGACACAGUGAAGUAUCUACGCAACUGCGGCUCCACAUGACAAUCUCAAGAUACAGACGGCUGCACGCCGCUCCACUGGACCGUCAUUACAUACAUGAUCCAGGAUAGUUGUGAGGUGGAUGUGAUGGAUAAAGGGUCUCUCUGGACUCCUCUCAUGCGUGUGUCAGCCAUCAGUGGAAACGCUGCGGUCACCUCCAUCAUCCUCCAGGCUGGAGCUGAUGUAUACGUACUUGACAAAGCUGGCAAGACACCAAUAAUGGUCGCUGUGCUGAAUAACCAAAAGGAAAUGGUGAAACUUCUGCUUGACAGUGGGGCAGAUCACCACAUAAAGAACGAGUAUGGAGCAGGUGCAGCGGAUAUGGCAAAAGCAUUUGGGAGACAGAAUAUCAUAAACUUGCUGGAUAAAAUAAGCUUUGAAGAUUCAAAUCGACUGACAUCAACAGGACAAUUCUCUUAUGGAGACAAGAAAUGAUCUUUAUCUUAAUGUCAUAUUUUACACAUUACAUUAAAGCCUUGGGUUAUUAAAAAACAGCUUUUAUGUUUCUGUAGUGGACCCUGUAAAAUAAAAUGAAAUUGAAUUCACAAUAGUAAUAUCCUCAUUUAUUAUUCUCAUUCAAGUCAUUGCAGUACCAGUAUCCAGUUUCAUUUUUUAU